AUGAGUCCUCAGUUCUGGAUUCCUCAGAAUAUACAAAAACGUCUUCUUUUAUAUGUGCUCCAGAAACUUCUGCUAUUCUCCCAAAUAGAUUUACCCAACUUGGAGGAAGUAUCCCUAAAUAAUUUUGUCAUAAAAGAUGUACUGUUAGACCCUGAAAAGGUGGGCAAAUUGCCUGGUUUUAACUUACGUUAUGGACAGCUCAAGACCUUGGAGAUCCUGAACCAAGGCGGGGUUAUGGGCGGUGGAGUUGUUCUGAUUCAUUUGAAUGAGUUGGAAGUGGUGUUAUCUCCUACAUUAGACGUCAACGAAGAUAUCAAGAACCAUUUACAACAACAACUUGUACAGAGCACUGCGGACUUAGCGAACACAGUCAUGCUAGAUGAAGAUAGUUUUGAAGAUUACCUCAGUCAUAGUCAAGAAUUGGCACUGUCAACUUCAUCCUCAGAAGAAGGCGAUUCUCAAACGUCAUCGGAAGCUUCAACUGUGAAACCGUCCGCCUUGAGUGGUGUCAUGUCUAAAGCAGCUGACAUAGCUAUUCUGAGGCUUCAGAUCCGUAUCUCUAACCUUAGAAUUAAAUUAAUAUCCGAAUUGCACGACAUACUCAUUGAAGUCGAUAGUGGAGCCGUACAAACUAUAAACGGCACAAGGCAUGUGCAACUAAACAACAUCAGAAUAUACAGCUUGAAUAGCGAUACGCCAAAGGGUGAGAGUGACGUUGAUAGUGAUGAAUUAAAGCAAAAAACUGCAGAAGAGUCUUCGGACGAAGAAGAUGAAGAUGAAGAUCCCAAUGAUUUUGGUGAUGAAUCGUUGAUGCAUAGUAUGAUAUAUACUCAUGAAGAAGCUAGCUCCAUAUAUAUGAGUGCUACAUCUAAUGCAUUCAGCAAUUCACAAGGUUUAAAGAAAUCUGCGCCAUCAUCAUCAUCAUCAUCAUCAUCAUCAUCAUCGCAUGACAGUUCAAGCAAAAGUUCUAGUGCUCAAAGUUCAACGAUUCUGGAGUCACUGAACAAAGCUCUUAUUGUUCAUAUUGACCAACUUGAAACUUCUUUUGUUGGUCUUCAAAGUAUUGUGGAUUUGGUAAUUGACAUUCAAACCAUCAAAAUUGCAUUUAUUCCUCUUGCUCCAACAGUGAUAACGUUAUUGGGAAAAUUGACAAGAGUUUUCAAAGUCAAGCUCCACCAGAAGAAGAAGAGCCAACAACUGCUGCGACUACUGAAUAGAUCAGGUCUACGGUUUCAAAAUACUCGGUUCCCAGAAUAUGAUAAGAACGACGAUGUUUACGAAGAAAUCCCAACGAAUACCGAAGAAACGAAAGAACAUGAAGAUGAAGAUGGCUCGAAUGAUAGGCAAACACUUCAAAAAUUCAGAAUUGCUAAUAUUUUAAUUAGUACCAAUUCUGCAUUGCUUCCUCUGGCGGAAUUUGCCAAAACUAUUGGUAACUACUUGAUUUGCAUUUCAAACAUAUUCAUCAAGCAAAAGAAUAGUGUUUUAAUAAAUGGCGGAAUAGAAAGUCUCAAGGUUUUAAAAACAACUGCAACUCAACCGGUCGAGAUAUUCCAGUAUACUUCCCCAGUUGAGACAUCAACUACAUCAAGUAAUGCGUCGUCUCCAGCUCCUCGUGAUAUGGAUCAGCAGCCCAGUGGCCAGGAUCAGCCAAGUAACCAACAACAACCACGCACAUCUAGAGCGGAUGUAAGGUUUGAGUUGUGUAAGAACUUGGCCGACAAGAAGAAUGAGAUCAGCAUAUUAUUAUCCAAAGUGGCUGAAUUUAAGUUGAAUGAAGGUUCAGUGCUUCAAAUUUUGAAGGUAGCAGCUUCUUUGCUGUCUAUUAGUGCAAACUUUUCAGCCAUGGUGUCUGCUUAUGAUGCAAUCCAAUCUUUUAUGGCAUCCCCGGAGUCUGCAUCGAAGCUAAAGUCAACUUCAAGAGGUGGAGGAGGUUUAAAGGUAAAGGUUCCAAAAGUUCAAGACACUACCUCCCAAUUUAGUUUGCGGACUUCUAGUUGGAACCUUUCCUUGGAAUUAGAAUCAGGUACUAAUAUAGGUGCUGCAAUGUCCCCUAUUUUCUUUAAUUCAUUGGAUGCGAAUAUAGGUAUUCAAAAGUUGAACAUUUCCUUCACGAGGAACGGCUUAGAGUCAAAACUCAUCACAAUCCACGAUAUACGUUUUAGUUUCAAAGCGAAGGAAUGGAAAAGUUGGAUGAAACGUAUUGGGACGUCCCCUCAUUCAGUUAAUUUCAAGCAAGAACUUUCCUUAUCUCAAAAGUCAAUGGUUGUUUCUAAAAUUCAUGGGUCGAUCUCCUUGGCAAGCUUAACCCAUUUAAUGGAGCAAGUUGGAAAAUUCAGUAAACUGCUUCAAUCAGCAUUGAUUAAUUUUGAUGAUCUUGGUUUUGGGAUUGCCAACGGCUCCAACUCAAUGUUGCUGACAUCGACUACAUCUUUGAUGCUUCGAAAUAGGACCAAACCUAAACGCAUGUUGGGCAACAGUUCGUUGGCCAGUUCUGUAUUAAUGUCGCAUAAUACCCUCAAAGCAGCUAGCAUAAACUUUCUUAUUAAGGAAUUGAAGUUUGAGAUUACUGAUAUUGCUGACACUUUUGGCGAAAUAAGAUUCACAGCACAUGAUUUUGAAACUUUCAUAUUGGCGAAUGGUGAAGUACAAGGAUCCAUAAAGAAUGUGAAUGGAGAAAGAAGAGUUGGCCAGAAUAGAGAGUAUUUCCUUGGUGAUUAUCAGAAAAGGAAUGCAAACCAAUUACAAUCUCCUUUGGUAUUAUAUCUGUACUCAAGGAACACAGUGGAUGUUACAAUAUGUGAUUUUGCAAUCGAAUACUUCACUAGCUGGUUAAACUUCUUCAAACAGACCGAAAACGGGCCAUUGCUGCAGGAAGAGCCCCGAGCUGCUCUCAAACCAAUCGAGAAACAACUCAUAGUCGACCGAGGAGGAGGAUUUAAAAGCAAAGCAAACAGAUUUGAUGUAAGAAUCACUUUGAAAGACUGCAUGAUAGGGCUCAACCCAGGAAGGCUUCCGAGUAAGGCAUACUUAAUUAUCAACAUGGGUAAUGCAGAUUUAACUUUCUCUGAUUAUGAGUAUUAUAUUAAGAGCUCACUCCGUGAUGUUAGCUUGUUGCUCAUUGAUGAUCCAUCCUUACCACAGCCUCCUUCUAGAACAUCCAAAACCCAAUACAAAUAUAGUCAAGAUUAUUACAUUGCAAAAGGAUACGUUAGUAUUGGGCAUGCUAAUUUAGUUCAUUUAGGUUUGACUGUGAUAACUGACUUGAAGGCAGCCAGUGAGCAUGACAGAGCUCUGGGAAUUCGUAAAGACUUGCCAAAAGUAGAGUUUAAAAUCAACUCGAAUGAUCAUAAAUUAAACAUUUGUGCUGACUCUUCGUUUACAUUACUCCAACUUAUAAACGACUUGAAAUUGCCCUUGAAUUUCACAGACAAAGAUAGGUUCAAGGUGGAAGUCGAUGGUUCUCCAAUAGAUACUUUCAAAGAUGUGGACGACAAUUGGUUUAAUCCCAAGGAUGUUUCGACAACUCCAGUAAGCUUAUCAUCCUCCAAAAAGCUAGACGUUGUUGAAGAAUAUGAAGCUAACUGUUCUUCAUCUAAUGAUCGAAAUAAUGGCUCCUCUUCUUCAUCAAGUGGUCCUGAAAGUGAAGUACAACUUUAUGAGCCAAUUGUAUUCGAAGAGGACCAUUUUGCUGCGGUUGUUUCACCUCCAGUAACUUAUCCUUUGAAGGUAGUUGUGAACUUGACUAAGAUUAAUAUCUUUUUGUUUGAUGGAUAUGACUGGAGAGAAACGAGAAGAAAUAUUAGGACUGUUGUCAAGAAAGUUGAAGCUAGGAUAAAUGAAGAAAAACGAAAUCAGGAUGCGGCUGCACUACAGACGGACCAACUGUUGCAGUCACCAUCAUGUGGAAGAGAGGAGGAAGAGUCCCCCAAGAGCAAACAAAAGAAGAAGAAGAAAAUAAGUUUUAAGGACGAAGAGAAUGAACAAGUAGAGGAUGACCGUCCUAUAAUAGAUGAAACACUUUAUCUGUCAAUCCACUUGACAGCGACAGAAUCUACAAAUGCCUACAACUUGGUGAACACUAUCAAUAAUGAGGUUCAGAUGACUAAUUAUGAGUUCAGUACUGAUGAGCAUUCGAUAGGUACCAAUUAUAAGAAUUUGAAACUUAGAAGGUCCCACAGCCAUAAGAUUAAUAUUGACUUGAAAGGGUUAACAGUGGAUGCUAAGGUUUCAAGUACACGGGAUCCUCGUUUGGAUUAUACUGAUCCUGAAAUGAAGUUGGAGAUCCUUAAUACAAUUGUAUUAUCAAUUGAUCUGGUCAUUGUUCAUGAUAAUGUACCUUCUUCAACGUGGAGCAAGUUUUUAAGUUAUAUGACAUCCUUAGGAGAAAGGGAAUCUGGAAAGGAAAUGUUGAACGUAAAGAUAACUAGUGUUCGUCCUGAUCCAAGACUUGUUUCCAGUGAAGCCAUUAUCAGUGUUUCACUCCUUCCCCUAAGAUUGUAUGUUGAUCAAGACACUUUGGACUUCUUUUCUCGAUUCUGUGAAUUUAAGGACAACCGGUUUGAGUUACCUCCUGAUGAGAUUUUGUAUAUUCAAAAGCUUGAAGUUGAUACCGUACGACUUAAAUUGGAUUACAAACCUAAAAAGGUGGAUUAUGUUGGAAUAAGAUCAGGCAACACUUCAGAGUUUAUGAACUUUUUUAUCUUGGAUGGUUCAAACAUCAAAUUAAGGAAGGUUAAAUUAUACGGCAUAUCUGGUCCUCAAAAGCUUAAUUCAUUAUUGAAAGGGGUAUGGACUCCAGAUGUCCAAGCCACACAACUCCCAGGUAUUCUUGCGGGACUUGGACCUGUGAAGUCUGUAGUUGGCAUUGGAAGCGGGUUCAAAGACUUGGUUGAAAUCCCUAUUAAGGAGUACAAAAAAGAUGGCCGUAUAUUGCGAAGUAUUCAGAAGGGGACAAAGAAGUUUGCAAAGACUACAGGAUAUGAAAUCUUAAACUUAGGUGCAAAGUUGGCAUCAGGCACCCAAGUAAUUCUUGAACAGGGGGAAGAAUUUUUUGGUGGUGAAGGAAGUUCAGCUAGAAGUAGCAAUAUACCAAUGAAGGAUUCGGAUGAAAUAAUGGAUUUGCCAACGUCGCCAACCAAUAAAGAGGACGAGGUAGGCAGCAGUCGAUUACUAGCAUCCUCCAAGAUCAUGGCUAAAAAAUCUGGUAGCCAGUUGGAUUAUCAAGAACCUAGAAAAGCAAUCUAUUCACACAUUGAUUUAGAUGAUCCUAAUGAUUUUGAUAAUGAUGUGCUUAGCAAAUCACUACUAUUAUUGGACACACGUAAUGUGGGUCAAAUUGCGCCUCGUAUCAGAAGGUUCUCUCAAGAAGAGUUUGAAGAAGUCAAUGCAGAUUCUGAAGAUGAAGAUUAUGACUCUGAAGAUGAAUAUUUGGAUGCAGAGGAGGGAGAUGAAGAAGAAACUUUAUUGGUUUUGGAUCUGCUUGUGAGGAAACCUUACGGUGACUUUAAGAAGGUAAGCUUAUAUUCCAAUCCACCUGAAAAUAUAGAGCAAGGGUUGAAAUCCGCCUACAAGUCCUUAUCGUCGAACUUGGGGUCCACUAAAAAGACGCUUUUAAAUCUCAAGCAUGAAAUAAACCAGAGCCAUAAUUUCCAAGAGUCGUUGGUCUCUGUGGUCAAAUCUUCCCCUAUUAUAAUUAUUCGGCCAUUAAUUGGAACUACUGAGGCUCUUCUGAAGACGCUAAUGGGAUUAAGCAAUGAAAUCGACUCAAAGAACCUCAAAGAUUCCAGAAAUAAAUAUCUUCCUGGCUCUGAGAAUGAUGAUAAUUGA